AUGAGGCUGUUAGUUACUUCGAUAGUUGCUUUCAUUCUACUCGAAGCUUUUGCUUUGAAUGUUGACGCCUACAAAUCCUAUGCGAAUCAUCAAUUAUGGCGUUUACAUGUUAAAACUAAUGAGCAAGUUGCUAAAAUCUUGGAAUUUAGUCGUACUGCACAUCGACAUGAUAUAAAUUUUUGGUCAGAAGAAUUUCGUAUUAAUGUUCCCAUCGAUGUUAGUGUACCACCAGAAGCAAUUGAUAGUUUCGCUGAAUAUUUAACAUCAUUUACUGAUAAAAUCAAUUAUGAUGUUGCGAUGAAAGAUAUUGGUGCAGUGAUUGAUAGACAAACGUUGUUACAUAAAUUAGUCCCAUCAAAAGUCAACGAUGAUGAUUUCGCUUAUGAUAAAUAUCACACACUUGCUGAUAUUCAAGCUUGGAUUGAUCUAAUGGUUAAAACUUAUCCAACAUUAGCAUCAUCAUUUUCAGUUGGUCAAUCAUAUGAAAAACGCGAUAUGAAAGGUUUAAAAAUAUCAUCGAGUAAACAAGCACUUAAACGCGAUGGUACCCCAGUAAAUCAGAAAAAAGCCGUAUGGUGGGAUGGAGGUAUUCAUGCUCGUGAAUGGAUUAGUCCAGCAACAGUCAUUUAUAUUGCUCAUGCACUUUUAUCAAAUUAUAGCAAAGAUGCUACCAUUACACAUUUUGUUGAUCAAUUCGAUUACUAUAUUUUACCUGUAUUCAAUGUUGAUGGUUAUUCUUAUACAUGGACAAAAGAUCGUUUAUGGCGUAAGACUCGAAGCAAAACAAUUAUUCCUCUUUGUUAUGGUGUUGAUCCAAAUCGUAAUUGGGAUUAUAAAUGGUGUGAAGGUGGUGCAUCACAUGAUCCUUGCUCUGACACAUAUUGUGGUAGUAAAGCAUUUUCCGAAGUUGAAACAUUACAAGUUUCACAAUUUCUUAACACUCACAAGGAUACGAUUGUACAUUACAUUAAUUUUCAUUCGUAUUCACAAUUAUGGAUGUCACCAUGGGGCUAUACCACAAAACAACCCGAUCAAUUCAAAUUACAAGAUGAUGGUUCAGCUCAAGCAGUAGAUGCACUUGGCUCUGUUUUUGGUACUCAAUAUACACAUGGUAAUAUUGGUGCAACUAUAUAUAUUGCCUCAGGUAAUACAGUCGAUUGGACAUCUGGUGCAGCAAAUAUCGUGUACAGUUAUGCUGUUGAGCUCCGUGAUACUGGUGAAUUUGGAUUUGUAUUACCAGAGGAUCAAAUCGUUCCUAGUGGUCAAGAAACACUAGCUGGUGAAUUAGCUUUACUGAAAUAUAUUGAAGCACAAGUUUAUGCAUAA